ACAAGCAGCAUAAGCAUUUUUAAUCCGUUCCCUGGCAGUUUGUUAUAAAUUGUAAAGCACAUCGAAAAUUACUAUGUCGUCUGUUUCGGUACAAAAGUUGUGGAGUACGCUUUGGUCAACAGGAUCAGUAAGCCGCUUUGCGCAGCACAUGAGCCACGUUUCCCACCAGGUGAGCUGUAUAGCCAGCGAGGAGCACCGGGUGUACGAGGAGCCCCACGUCAUCUUCCAGAACUGGCUGAUGGCCGCCCAGAAGGAGGCGCCUCAGGUGCGGCCUCGACUAGCCUGCAUGGCCACGGUAGACAACUCCGGUGAGCCUGUGACCCGCCUGACCAGCAUAGAGGAGGUCAAUGCCCAUGGCAUCACCUUCUUCACGACCCUGGGCAGUCGGCAGGCGGGCGAGAUUAGCGCCAAUCCGCACGUGUCGCUGCACUUCAACUGGGCGCCGCUCAUGCGUAGUGUCCGCAUAGCAGGAUCUGCCCACCAGCUAACGGAGGAGCAGGCUCGGGACCAGUUCCGCCGAUUCCCGCGCCAUAUCCAGAUGAGCAUCACCCAUGGACCACGAUACGCUGCGGCCGACUGGCAAUCCCGAUCCGGGUUCCUCGCGCGGAUCGGGGAGCGCUUCAACACCUGGCUUGGCAAGCAGCCGGAGGAGAUCCACAUGCCGCACAACUGGGGAGGCUUUAUUCUUACGCCCAGCCUUUUCGAGUUCGGAAUGCUCAGCGGCGAGAAGGCCGGCAGGACUCGGGUGCGAUUUCGUCGUUGUCUUGAAAUGCCCAGGGGCACAAGAGUGGGGACCGUUCAAGCUGAAAGGCAGGACUGGGUCUAUGAUUCCUGUGAGGAAAAUUGAUAUGGAAAUACUCAAGUACCUGAUUCGGCUUUAAAUAUUUCUGUGUACAAGACCCGGUAGUCCCCUUGUCAUCUUUAUGACCACCACGUGUAGCGUACUUUUGCCAUUACUGCUAAAUCUAAAGUGAAAUAAAUUCAUAAGUAGUAUUACUUAACAA